GGUUAUUGCUUUAGUAUGCCAGUCUUGCCAGACAUCAUGUUUUCUAUGUCAGUCCAGUCUCAGGUUAUUUCUGAUGUCUGAUUCCAUCCCAGCUAUUAAAACUGACCGUCAGGUCAUCCUACACUUGCAGACAGUAAAAUAUUUGUCAUCCUUCAUUUACCAUCUGUGCUUGCACAGGUUAUUGGACCCCAGUUGCAGCUUCCAAGAUCCCAGAGGCCACAGUAUAUCUGCCAGAGCCGUGCCCAGGCUGUGGGUAAAGGGAUAUGCCUUCAUGUGCAUUGUAAGAUAUAUAAAUACCUACAGCCAUCUUUCCCCCACCCAUUCUUAGUCUAAAUCUCUGUCUGUUUUCCACAAACUCGAAAACACGGGAAUCCGUGAGAGGGAUCAGUGUUCCCUGAGGAGAGGAUUGCACUCAGAGCUGUGGAAUUAAGUAGCUUUGACAUUGUAUGCAACUCUCUCUCUCUCAUAACUAACUGCACAUUAGCUCAGCUCUUCCAUGGGAGGAGCAGGGAGAUGCUUCUUCUUUUAAAAGUCAAUUUGCCCUGAGGAUGUCAACUUUAAAGUCUCAGCUGUACUGAGUGUGAAGACAUUUGGGCUUGUUUCCAUAAUGGAGAUCGAAGGAAAUCCUGGUCUAAAUAUGCAGAAAAAAGGGAUCGUGAAGCAGCCUGACCCUGUCAAACCACCACCAAACAACACAGAAGAGGAUAUGGACUGUAAAGACAUGCAGAAGGAGGCACUGAACAGGCGCAAUGCCUGGGAGCCCACUGUCUUCUAUUCGCUUGGCAACGAGACCUUUUUCUUCACCGGGCAGGAGAUCAACAUCCGAGAGUCACUCGACUCUUUUGGCGCCGUCAUCUGGCCAGGCGCUGUGGCUCUCUGUCAGUAUUUGGAAAAGAACCGAGAACAGGUUGAUCUGCUGGAUAAAGCAGUGCUGGAACUUGGAGCGGGAACAGGACUGGUGUCCAUAGUGACAAGUUUACUGGGUGCCUGGGUCACGGCCACAGAUCUGCCCGAUGUCCUGUCAAAUCUGAACUUUAACCUCUCACGCAACACACGGGGUCGCUGCAGAUACACACCUCAGGUGGCGGCUCUGGUCUGGGGUCAGGAUGUGAAACGUGACUUCCCCAGCUCCAUCUACAAUUAUGACUAUGUGUUUUGUGCAGACGUGGUCUAUCAUCACAACUUUCUUGAGGAUCUACUAAUCACCAUGCAGUACUUCUGUAAGCCAGGAACCACCCUUUUGUGGGCAAAUAAGGUGCGAUUUCAAUCUGACCUGCGUUUCAUUGAAAACUUUAAAAACGUUUUUAACGUCACGUUGCUGGAAGAGAUCCCACAAGAGGAGGUAAGGAUCUACCAGGCCACUGCAAGGACAUCAGCCCAAAUGAGGGAGGAGAAGAGCGAGAACCAACAACAUGAUGUGCAAGAAUUGCAAAUAGGAGAUUCAUACAUUAAAUGAGUCCAGCAGCCCCAACAUUGGAGGGAAGGUGCUCCACCUGUUGGCCAUCUGCAAAGUUGCAAGGAAUGAUUGCCAAGUGCUACUAUUCCUGAUAAUAAUGGAAAAAAACAUGUCAAAAAAGAGUGAUACUUCAUGUAUGAUUUUUUUUUAAGUA